AUGGGGAAUUUUAUUAGACGCGAAAGGUCAUCUUGGGCUGAUGACGAGCACUGGGGGUCUUUGGAGUCGACUCGGAUGGAUGGAGAGAUUAACAUUACGGACAACAACAACAACGAGUUGGUCGGCGGAAAACGAGAUGCGAAAACCAGAGAGGUGAAGAUAAUUAUUUCCAAGACGGAGCUGGAGCAAUUGAUGCAGAAGGUGGACACACGAGGUUUAACUCUGGAGCAACUACUCUUAGCCAGGAUUGUCAAGAGUGGAGAAGACUUAUUUUUGUUUGAGCAAUCUCGUUCCUGGAAGCCGGUGCUACAAAGUAUUCCGGAACUGAAUGAUCUAUGA